CCACUCUCGACAUCGAAUUUCUCACUCAAAGCCACAGAUUUCUCCAGAAAUCUAGCAUCUCUCUACUAUUGAUUUUGAAUAACUUACAGUUCUUCUAAUUGCUUUGGUUGGGCAAAUAAAGAGCAAAAUGCAGUCACUCAUUCCUCUCAUCAUCCUUCUCGUCGCCGUCGUCAUUUUCUCAGUUAUUGGGUACAUUGCGUACAGCAUUGCCCAAGAAGUCGGCAAGAAUACUCGCUCGAAAAUGGAGAAGAAACACGUUAUGCUCACGAGGGAUGGGGUGAAAGUUGGAGUGAAGGAGCUGAGUGAGGAGGACUAUGUAGAUCGGAGCCAGAGUAUUUUGGUCAACAUUUGGAAUCACACCUCGUUUCCGGCGUAUAAAAGCCGUCUUUGGAAUAUGACGGGCUCGACGGCGGAGACAGAGACGGAGAAGAGGAAACCGUACUCGAAAUCGUGAAAUUAAGAGGUUAGGGUGUAUUCUUGUCGAUGUCCUUUCCCAAGGUGGAAGAUUAUCCUUCCUGAUGUUGUUUGGCCUAUUAAUAGGGCGGCAUGCUUGCUUUCCUACUUUAUUGGCAUGAAUUCUGUCUCUAUCAGUCAUACUUCGCCAAAGGCUUGCUACUGUUUUUCGCGAUGUACACAUCUUCAGACUAUGUUUCGUCCGACAUGGGAACGAUUUUACGGCCUCGAUCUGUCCGAACUGAAUGUAUCAGACGGCUUCACGUUUUGCUCCGUAUUACUGCAG